AUCCUUCUGUUGCCUUAGAGAGAUGGCGGUCAUUGGCACCUCUCAUCUCCGGGCUGUGGCAUUGCUGCCGCUGCUUCUGGCUUUGCCCCUCAUGACACGAGCCUGCCCCAGGUCCUGCAGCUGCUCUGCCCCUCGAGAGGUGCUCUGCACCUUCAGCCACCUCACCUCCGUUCCGCCUAGCAUACCCAGGGACACCAAACAUCUCAACCUAGGCUUCAACCAUAUACAAACACUGAAUGGCUCAGAGUUCACAGGACUCAGGAGUCUGGGAAUGUUAAUGCUUCAUGGAAACGACAUCCAGUCACUGCCCCUACGAGCCUUUUACAACCUGCGCUCCCUGUGGAUUUUGAAGUUAAGUCACAACAAGCUGAGAAACAUCACCCGCGGUAUCUUUGAAGGCCUGUCAAGCUUGGUGCGCCUCCACUUGGAUCACAACAGCAUUGAGUUCAUCGAACCAUUUUCAUUCAGCGGGCUGACAUCCCUCGCACUGUUAAACCUAGAAGGCAACCAGCUGAGAGACCUGCAUUCCCGCACCUUUGUCACCCUGUCCUUUCUGGGGAGUUUCUGGGGUUCUAGCCUUCGCUACCUCUACCUGUCAGACAAUCAGUUGGGGUAUCUGCUCCCAGGUACCUUACAGAAUCUGAAUAAGCUGGAAGCACUGACUGUUCAUGGCAACCCCUGGGCAUGCGAUUGCAAUCUACAAUGGCUUUUACUGUGGAAUACCAAGAAUAAGGGGGUGAUUAAAUGCAGAAAGGAAGGAGAGAUUGGCACAAGUGUGAACUGUGCCAUGUGUUCCUCACCUCAGUCCCUAAAUAACAAUCAGGUCUUCCAGCUGGCAACUUCUCAGCUCUCCUGCGACAGACCGACUUUAAACUCUCCACUGAAGCUAAGAGAGAGCAACGUCUGGCUGGACACUGACUCCGACAUCCCAUACAUCAAAGACCUGGAGCCUCCAUUGGGUCAUCUCACCUUAAUGCUGUCUGACAGCCACACUAACAUGGCAUAUGUCGACUGUGUUGUGAAGCAUCAGGCCGAGGGAUCUACCAUGAGCUGGCAAAAUCUGAAGUCUCCAAGUCAGGUGGCACUCAAUGUGACAUUGAUGAGCUUUCUGGAGUGCGAGAUUAACAGAGAUGAUCUUCAGCAACUGUGGAGACUGGUUGCCUAUUAUUAUGAGAGACCAGCCAUCCUCAAGCAGGGCCUUAGGCAAGAAAAUGCUUCAAGAACCACUUUUCAGUAUUCUCAGGUAGUCAGUGAGGACUCUCCAUACUUUACAGAUCUCAAAGGAUAUUUAUCAGCUGAGCCAACAUGGCUGUUACAGCCUCUUGUAACACUUCAAUUGAACAGGCGUAAAACUACAAGUAAAACUCUCGUCCUGAACUUCUCUACGUUUAUUUCAAAGCAAAUAAGCAUAUGGGAUAGGCAAAGGGUCACCAAAUACAACUGGGCUUUUGUCCAUAGAGGGGCACCAGGGAAGGUACAUACUGUUCUGGAAGGUUCUGAUGUCAGUCUGGAUUGUAAAGUGUCAAGUUUUGGACAAGCAUCUGUUGAAUGGAUGCUCCCUGAUUUAUCCACUUUGACCACAUCUCAUGCUAGAAUUGUGAUUUCUGAAGAAGACAAACUGGUUAUACACAAAGUGAGCCCAUCUGACUCUGGGCUGUAUCACUGCCUGGUGCGUUCUGAGGCUGAUGUGGAUAUAGUGUCCUUUAGGGUAUUUGUAAGAGAGAGGGUGCUUAGCCCUGAUCACAUAAAUGGCAAGGAAAUAUCAUUGGAUAGUGGGGAAUCGGUCACUCUCCCCUGCUCUAUGUCUUCAGUUGAGCCCAGUGACAUGGCUUGGUACCUACCAACAAAUACAAUCUUGUGGCCAUCAUCUCCAGAAGGUAGAAUCAAAAUGUUAUCUAAUGGGAGCUUAGUUAUUAUAAAUGCCACAUAUAAGGAUGAUGGGAUAUAUAGCUGUUUGGCUGUCAAUCUCUAUGGGGUGGAUAUGCUGUCUCAUAGGGUAGUGAUCAGGGGUAAAAUAAAUCCUGAAGAAGUGAGUGCUGGUGGAACAAGCAGGAAACCAAAGAAAGGUGGCACUUCUGAAACGGGCAAGAGGAUUGUGGAUGAGGGGUCAGGAUGUCCAGAAACAGAAUGCUCUCACGUUUUGGAUGGGCAUGAUAGCUCUUGGGUGCCCUUGUAUCAGAACAGUGAUGAAAAGGUUAUUGACAGCGCAAGGAAAAUUAACAGCUUUAGCCAUUGGACUCAGAACCGAGCAAGAUUCAGAUCAAAGGCUCCAGUCGUCCUGCAAACUCCACAGCACAUAACUGCCACUUAUACUCACACAACAGCAACUUUUACAACUGCAGCAGACAGGACUACCACAACCACAAUUCCUGCCAAAAGCUCAAUGCCAUACAUGAUAGAGACCCCUAAACACCAAGCAACUACUAUUUACCAAGGCAGCGGAGAAUCAGAUGUUUUUAAAAUGUCUUUGGCUAGUCCAGCCUCUGUCACAGUUGGCUAUAUGGGAAAAAGUCAUGCGACGCCCAGGCGACGGCCCCACUACAGGCGAAGGAGACCACUUCAGCGCAGGAUUCAACCCGGCCGUUUCUCUCAAAAGUCUUCUGUCCCUCCGCACAACAGAAUAAAGUCUGCACAGGAUGCCAACAGUCUCAUUUCAACAGGAACACAAGAGAACAAGCCUUCUGCAUCAUGGGAUAGUGUAAAAUCUCAAGUGCUGGAGACAAAUAUCAUCUACACUGAUAAUGCAGAACUGCCUGGAGGAUCCAAUAUCAUUGAUAGCGCAAGUAAACAAUAUAUUGUAACAUCAGAAGCAAAUCUUUGGCCUGUUACUGGGAAACCCAUUCACAUUCACAUCAACCCCACAUCACAUACAGAAAAGUACAUGGACAAAACUUAUAAUUCUAACACACGAUCUAGGCCAUAUACUAAUGCAUUUCAGGGUUCUGCAAAACAUCAACUAUCUACAGAAAUAACAGGUCUUAUAAAAAACAGGCUUCAUAUUGCCGAAGGACGUGAACAACAUGACAAGCAGCUCCUUCGGCCUUUUGGCAAUGCAGAUAGGAAAUCAACAGCAGAUUACAUGCCUCGAUUUAAUCACAGCAGAGUCAUGGGACGCCCAGUGCCCAUUGCCACUGAGUCAUCAUCCGUGACUACUACAGUGAGCUUGUUAGUGAAUGUGACCCCACCUCCAGCAGUGACAUUUCCGAAUCAAACCUCUGAAUAUUCAUCAAGUACAGAAAAAGAAACUAUUUCAAAGGAUUCCAGCACAAGCUCAAGUGGAGAUUUUUUUUAUCUGGUGAGGGAAAAGCUGAGAGCAAACAAAUCAAAUGAAGACUCCUUAAAAUCUGUACUGGAGAGCUCCGUAUCUUCUGAAGUCAAAGCAGGUCACCCCUGGGUCUUGCAACGGCACAUCCAGGGGAAGGUUACCGUCCCACCAACUGACUGGCCCCAUCCCAAACAUGUCCCCAGAUGGUCUUCCUUUGAAAGUUCACAGGAGCACACUUCCUUCCCAAAGAGAUCCUGGAAUAACCUUUCUCCAGAAGGUCAAGAUGCCGGGGUCACUGUCCCCCAAGGAAUCACAGUUCUCCCAAGCAAUAUAUCUCUCCUCUCUGCAAGAUCAGUAUCCCCUAAAGGAAGAACACCAAUACCUCCAACCUUUCAGCCUCCUAAUACUGGAGCACUCAGCAAGAUUAAAGACUUUGCAUGGUUUUCCAGGCUCAGAAACAGAUACAGACAACAUAAACUUGAUGUCUACCGUCUUUCACAAGCGAGGAAGAUUAUAACAACUGAACCAAAUAUGAAGUUCCUUAACCCACAGCCCCAGCCAGCCCCUACCGCACUGUACAACAGCGCUGUGACCCAGGCAUAUUCUCUGUUAGCUACAAAUCAGACACACUCCGCAAUCCAGUAUGAUAGCCAAAGGCACUACAGCCAUCAGGGACAACAGAAAUUAAAUAACAUUCCACCCUCUCCAAGGUUAAUGGAGAGUGGAAUGAAGCCAAAGAUUUCUUCACUUAACACUGACAGUCUGUCAGCCUUCAUAGAGACAGAUGUGUCUCUGCCCUGUGAGUGGUCGGGAGUGCCAAGGCCCACCCUCUCCUGGACUAGAGGUGCAUCGAUUGAAGCAAGCACAAAGAAUGGGGAACGAUUCAAAGUUCUGAGUAAUGGCACUUUAGUCAUAAAAAAUGUUCAGCUGCAGGACAAAGGGCAGUACAUUUGCACAGCAAAGAAUGCUUUCGGGUCAGAUCAACAGGUCAUCACCCUUUUGGUGAUAACCCAGCCUCCCAAAAUUGUGCCACCAAAAUCAACAGAUAUGUUGGUGCAUUUAGGACAUCCUAUAAACUUGGAUUGUGUGGCAGAGGGCAAGCCACAAGCACAAAUCUCCUGGAUCCUUCCGAAUGGGAAAACCAUAUGGGGCAGAGGCCUUCUGGAUGACACAGUCUCAGUUCUGACCAAUGGCACGCUAAGGAUUGAAGCAGCUAACUUAUCAAGUAAAGGCCAGUAUAAAUGCAUUGCCAGCAGCACGGCUGGUGCAGACACGCUAACCUAUCACAUCCAUGCAGUAGCUUCAUCACCUACUAUCAAUGAAGAAGCCACUGAAGAUAUUGUAUUGCGCACCGGGACCAAUGCGUACAUCCACUGCACAGCAAAAGGGGAACCUAAGCCCACGAUUGAGUGGAUCAUCCCUGAUGAGGAAAAAAGCAAAGCUUUCCCAUUCAUCAGGGGUAGGGUCUCUGUCUUUUCCAAUGGGACACUUCUUGUGAGAAACAUUUCACUGACAGACUCGGGAACAUAUCAAUGUUCUGCCACCAACCAAGCAGGUGUAACCAAGAGAGUGGUAAAACUGGAAGUAAAACAGGAUAAGGCCAGCACCGAAGAACCUCUGCCUCAGCAACAGGGAAUUACUGCAAUUUAUGGCUCCACCUUGUAUCUGCACUGCUCAGGGUUCACUACUUCACAACAUGGUGCUGUCUGGAAGCUGCCCUCGGGAAUGUUCCUGGAUUAUAGCAACAGCUCUGGGGGACCUAUCACUGCUUUUCCCAACAGCACUCUCAAAAUCCAGCAGCUCACAGAAAAGGAUGCAGGCAGCUACCUCUGUCUGUUCCGAACAUCUCGUGACCAGGACUUCAAGCUCUUUCAGGUGGAGGUCCUUAUGAUGCCACCAAAGAUCAAACGCUUGGCCGCUGUCCACAAGAGGGUUGCGUAUGGAGACAGUUUCCAAAUUGACUGUUUAGCCUCUGGGUUUCCAGCUCCAGAGGUGUCCUGGAGCCUUCCGGAAGGCACUGUUGUUGACAGUACUCUCCAACAUGAAGACAAGUGGGUCAUGUCUCCUCGUUUUAUGGUCUUUGGGAAUGGCACCCUCCUUCUGAUGCAGAUAGGUAAAGGGGAUGAAGGUGACUACACAUGCAAGGCUAGAAAUCGAUUUGGGCAAGAUGUGAUGAAGGUCAGGAUCCACCUGCUGCCUGACUCUCCAAGGAUUUUGUCAAAGGAUGAGGUUUCCAUCUGGGGCGUGCUUGGAGAGCCUGUACACAUAAGGUGUCAAGCUAUUGGGGAACCCACCCCUACAAUUACAUGGUUUUCACCAAGUAAUGCCACCAUUACCACAUCGUCGAUCAGGUACCAAAUCUUGGGAGAUGGCACACUGAUUAUCAGAAAAGUGGGCUUAGCUGACCGGGGCAACUAUGCUUGUGUGGCCAAAAGCUUAUCAGGAUACGAUGUAAAGAAAGUGCAUCUGGAAGUGAAGGGAGGAGCACCUCGGAUAAACAGACAAGUAGGAAGGGCUGCUGUGAAGGUUUCAGCUGUGUUUAAUCAAACUUUGCUGCUUGAUUGCAAAGCAGAGGGCCUGCCAGAGCCGAGGGUCACCUGGACCACUUCCUACGGCAUCAACCUGCCCACGCCUUACCUGGGUGGCAGGUUCCAGGUCUACGGAAACGGGAGUCUAGAGCUGCAUACCCUGAGAAAAACAGAUGAAGGUUUGUAUGUUUGCCUGGCGCAGAACAGCUUGGGUGCAGCCAGGCUGGAGGUCGAUCUCCAAGUGAAAUCUCUCACGGAAAAGCCGAGUUUCUCAAAGGCAAACACUGAGGUCAUGUCCUUUAAGCCAGGUAGUGCCGAGGUCACUCUAGGGUGCUAUGCCAGCGGAAAGCCAACCCCAGAGAUUGUGUGGGUGCUACCCAAUAGCACAAUGUUGACAGCCGGUGCCAGGCUUCAGCGCUUCCAUCACAUUCCAGGCGGUGGGUUGUUGCGUAUACUGCAGCCUGGGAAUGGUGACAUGGGUGUUUACCGUUGCUUGGCAAAUAACACAGCAGGGCGAGCCGAAAAGCGGUUUGCUCUUGAACCGGGAUGGAAGCCUCAGAUCCAGGGUAAGCCUAUGGCUGUGAGGCUUUCUUUUGGGCAGAAUUUGAACCUGCCUUGUUCAGUUGAUGCCUGGCCACAGGCUGCCAUUUCCUGGACUCUCCCCAACAGCCGUGUCCUGAGGAUACCUCAGGCCAUUGGACGGUUAGCCUACUUAAGAAACGGCACACUGGAGCUCAGUGAAGCUGCCAUUGUUGACAGAGGGACCUACACCUGCAAAGCCACGAAUGCAUUUGGCUCAUCUGCACUGUCACACACAGUUACAGUAACAGUGCAUCCUCCACGUAUCACCAAUGCCUUUCCAUCAGUCAUUGUGGUGAACAGGGGCGCCACUGCAAGGCUCAGUUGCAGAGCUGUUGGAAUACCUAAACCUGACAUCUCAUGGACUCUACCAGGAAGCACCAGUCUCACCCCCACCGGCCCUGUCACGACACAAAAUGGAAUGCAUGUCACUGCAGAUGGCAGCCUAGUCAUACAAAACCCAAUGCUAACUAAUUCAGGGAUUUAUAAAUGCAAUGCAAGAAGUGCUGUGGGAAUGGACUUCAAAGCCACAUACCUUCAAGUACUAUGAGAAACAGCACAUAUAUAGUACCAUAAAAUACAGUAUAUAUAGUGCCAUAAAUGUGGUUGCUGGUGGCUUGUCCUGUUGAGGUCUUUCUGUUGCAUGGAUGGGCCCCAUGGUCUGGUACUGAAACUGGGACAUAUCAAUGAGGACUGUGAAAGCCAACCGCACAGGGUGACACACGAUUGGUCUAGAAUUGCCUAAAUACCCCCGCUGGUUGAUUGGUUACCUGCAAAUUGUCCGUUCAGCUAUGCAUGAAGGGUCAUCCUCUGACUCAUGUCUGUGUGAGCCCAACUUGCAAACUGCAGUAUGGUAAGAGCCGGAGGCUGAACUCACAUGCUUGUCUGUGCAAAGAGUUUUGCAGCAUGAGGCAUGACUGGGCAUUUCAAAUUGGGGCGAAAAAGAGGGAAAACAUUUUUAAAGUCUGCCAAAACCAUAAACAACAUUUUGUAAAAAACACUGCAGUCACAUCUUUAAAUAGCAAAUCUACAUGUGCAAAAAUGAUAAAUAAUACUUGUAUGUUUUUUUAAAUACGUUUCUGAAAUAUGCAACUAUUUUUAUGUAUGUAUAUUAUUUUUAUUCGUGAACAUGCUAGUCUCCCACAAUUAAUUUGCUGUUAGAGUGUGGGACACUGAUUUAGAAAAAUAUUCAUGUUCUUAUAUAAAUGUCAUGUUGCCAAUCUGAAGGUUUAUUUCACACUUUGCAGAGCAUUUGAAACAGACUGCACUAAAAAUGUGAGGAAAAAAUAAACAAAGGUGUAAACAAUAGCAG